AUGGAGAAGAAAUCAUAUAAAUGUAUUGAAUGUGGAAAGAGCUUUAGUUAUAGUACAACUCUACAAACACAUCAAAGGACUCACACUGGGGAGAAACCCUAUAAAUGCCUGGAGUGUGGACAGAGCUUUACUCGGAAGGGAAGCUUACAAACACAUCAAAGAACUCACACUGGGGAGAAACCCUUUACAUGCCUGGAGUGUGGACAGAGCUUUACUCGGAAGGGAAGCUUACAAACACAUCAAAGGACUCACACUGGGGAGAAACCCUAUAAGUGCUGGGAGUGUGGCCAGAGCUUCAUUCAUAGUACAAGUCUCCGUGUACAUCAAAGGACUCACACUGGGGAGAAACCCUAUAACUGCCUGGAGUGUGAACAGAGCUUCACUGAUCGUUCAGGCUUACGUAGACAUCAAAGGAUUCACACUGGGGAGAAACCCUAUACAUGCCUGGAGUGUGGACAGAGUUUUACUCGGAAGGGAAGCUUACAAACACAUCAAAGAACUCACACUGGUGAGAAACCCUAUAAAUGCCUAGAGUGUGAACAGAGCUUCACUUGUAGUUCAGGUCUCUGUAUACAUCAAAGGACUCACACUGGGGAGAAACCCUAUAAAUGCCUAGAGUGUGAACAGAGCUUCACUUGUAGUUCAGGUCUACGUAUACAUCAAAGGACUCACACUGGGGAGAAACCCUUUAAAUGCCUGGAGUGUGAACAGAGCUUCACCCGGAGUUCAGAUCUACAUUCACAUCAAAGGACUCACACUGGGGAGAAACCCUUUAAAUGCCUGGAGUGUGGACAGAGCUUCUCUCAGAGUUCAGGCCUACGUUCACAUCAAAGGACUCACACUGGGGAGAAACCCUAUACAUGCCUGGAGUGUGGACAGAGCUUUACUCAUAGUUCAGGCCUACGUAGACAUCAAAGAACUCACACUGGGGAGAAACCCUAUACAUGCCUGGAGUGUGGACAGAACUUCACUCAUAGUUCAGGCCUACGUAGACAUCAAAGGACUCACACUGGGGAGAAACCCUAUAACUGCCUAGAGUGUGGACAGAGCUUCGCUCAGAAGGGAAGCUUACAUACACAUCAAAGGACUCACACUGGGGAGAAACCCUAUAAAUGCCUGGAGUGUGGACAGAGCUUCACUCAUAGUUCAGGCCUACGUAGACAUCAAAGGACUCACACUGGGGAGAAACCCUAUACAUGCCUGGAGUGUGGACAGAGCUUUACUCAUAGUUCAGGCCUACGUAGACAUCAAAGAACUCACACUGGGGAGAAACCCUAUACAUGCCUGGAGUGUGGACAGAGCUUCACUCAGAAUUCAGACCUACGUUCACAUCAAAGGACUCACACUGGGGAGAAACCCUAUACAUGCCUGGAGUGUGGACAGAGCUUUACUCAUAGUUCAGGCCUACGUAGACAUCAAAGGACUCACACUGGGGAGAAACCCUAUAAAUGCCUGGAGUGUGGACAGAGCUUUGCUCAGAGGGGAAAUCUACGUUCACAUCAAAGAACUCACACUGGGGAGAAACUCUAUAACUGCCUGGAGUGUGGACACAGCUUCGUUCAGAAGUCAGGCCUACGUUCGCAUCAAAGGACUCACACUGGGGAGAAAACUUAUAUGUGCCUGGAGUGUGGACAGAGCUUUGUUCAUAGUUCAGGCCUACGUAAACAUCAAAGGACUCACACUGGGGAGAAACCCUUUAAAUGCCUGGAGUGUGGACAGAGCUUCGCUGAUAGUUCAACUCUACGUGAACAUCAAAGGACUCACACUGGGGAGAAACCCUAUACAUGCCGGGAGUGUGGAAAGAGCUUUACUCGUAGUUCAGGUCUACGUUUACAUCAAAGAACUCACACUGGGGGGGAACCAUAGAAAUGCAUGGAGUAUGGACAGAGCUUUUCACAGAAUAACAUUAUGCAUAGACAUCAUAGAAUUCAGCCUGGAGAGAAUGGUGUUAAUUGACACCAGAGUGUCAUUCUAACAAGUAGAAAUGCAAUGCAACUCUUGCAAAUUUUGGAAAUGCAAGCUCAAAGUUGGGACAUUUCAUCACAUGUGGUGUAUUGUUGUCAAGGACAGAACGCCACAAGAUCAAAGAUAACAGAGUUUAUUGAAUUACAGAACUCAAAAAUGCCCGUAAAAUACAAGGGCCAGGCAGUAUUAGCCUUUAAAAGCAAAAAGGGGCAAGGAAAAACGUUCAAAAGAUAAACCGGAUUAAACCGGAGUUUAAUCCGGGUAAAAACAAACUGCUUGCUUCAGCCUGGGGAUAAACAAAACAAAAGCCGAGGAACAAACUAUACAAAAGAAUGCAACUAAUUGGCAGCAGAUUCCUCUCUGCUGCCAGCACUGUGCUUUGAGUAACUUGCGUCACUCCUACACACAGCAGGCAGGAUUUCCAACACGAACAGAUCAGCCGAGGAUUGUAGCAGUAGAGUAGACCCAGUUCCUUUCCGUAGAUCAAAGCCAGAAGCAGACGUUUGUAGUUUCCAAGUCCGAGUAGGGGGAAGUCAAGCCGUGGUCAGUUCAGUCCGAAAUUCAAAGCAGGAGAUGGCGUCCGUCAAGAAGACGACGGAAGGUCAAAGCUAAUGAGAGUAAGCACAGGUUUGCACAAACAAAAGCCCACACAAUUCCUCCCGCCGUCUGACCCUAAAUUCCAAAACAACUUACGUAUCAGCACACGAAAACACACCAGUCUUCAGGAAAGCGUCCCACACAGAUCCCAAGCGUUCGUCCAGAUUACCUUGCCCAACGCAAUUUGCAAUUGCUCCCAAGCCCCAUUUUAUGCCAGUUACAAAUCCUCAUCACUAUCAGCUGCCCUCCUUAACCCGGGCGUUUCCUCAUCACUUUCCUCAUCAGAGCUGGAACACCUCUGACUACGCCCCACAGCAUCUCCAGCUGUGGAUCCCGUCCCAUCCCUCCAGCUUGUCCAUGGGUCUAAUCCUGAAGGUCCCCAUUCAUCUUCCAUCCCAUCAUUGCCAGUGGCACCCAAUUUCUCCCUCACCCGAGUCCAAUCCAUCUCAUCCUCCUCCGAGCUAACCAGCCCCUCCUCCAUUCUCUCCGUAAACCCCUCAAAAGACUCUUCGUCAGAUGGUGCUGCAAAAAUAUCUCGCAGUCUCUUUCUUUCUCGCUCCUCGAGAGUAUCUGACUCUCGAGGAGUCUUACGCCCACGUCUGCCAGUAACAGAGCCAUGAGGCUCAAUCAUAACAAUUGUAGAAAGAUUGAACUAAAAAUACAGUGUUCCCUCACUUAUCCCGGGGGUUAGGUUCCAGGACCACCCGCAAUAAGUGAAAAUCCGCGAAGUAGGGAUGCUAUAUAUUUCUACAUUAUUUUAGUAGUUAUACACUAUUUUAGGUCUUUAUCAAGAAAUCAUGUGUUGAUAAAUCGCCUCCUUCUCCUCUUGUUGCCGCUUGGGCUCCUUUUCUCUCCCUUUGGCUUCUCCUUCCUCCCUUCCUUAGGCUGUACAUUGUAAUUUUUUAUUAUUUAUAGUCGUCUUUUAGAGUUUAUUGAAAAACCGCAAAACAGUGAAUCCGAAAAGAGCGAAGUAGUGAGGGAACUCUGUACGUUCCAUUCUGGAAGUAAUUAUAUUAUCUAAAGGGAGUAGAAUAAUGAGAGAUAAAAAUUAACAGAUAGAACGAGGCCUUUAGGCAUUUAUCCCUGUCGUUUGUUAGUUCAGUUGUGUCUCUAUGAAGGUAACUGUUUCGCAGGUCUGUUUGUUUCUGAUUUAGUUUUGUAUCUCAUGUAGUAGUUAGUUUCAUGUGUAGUUGAAGCAUUAUAUACAAUUUCUGCCUUUUUUGUAAUGUUGCUUUUAAUCUCUCUUUUUUAAUUUAUUUUUUGCCACAAAGAGGGGGAUUUAUAAGGGACAAAACUGCUGAAACUGUCAACUUGUUUUGUUCUCAACCCAAAGGUUUCCUGUUCUUUGGAUGCCGAGCGUUCAGGGAAGAGUGAGGUCUGUGAGAUCAGUGAGUAGAAAACAUGACACAAUUUAGAUAAUGGUUUGUGACACAACAACAACCCUUGUAGUAGUCAAUGGGAUAUUCUGUAUGCCUUCUUUAAUGUCAAGUAAGAUAUUGUGCUCAGAUAUAAAGAUUUAUAAAGGAAACACCACAAUGGAUAUAAAACAAUGGGAAGCGCGGGCAGCAGAUUAUAUGUGCUCACCACACCUCACACAGAUAGGACCACGUGUGCUAUAAACAUGGAAGAUGUGAUACAUUCACACAAGAUACAGGAAUGGGAUGUGUUUGUGUUACUCCUGCUCAGCUAAUGUUAUGGUCUGAUGGAAAUAUAAUAGAACCCGAUAAACAAACAUUCGGUUGAAAUGUAAAUGUAACAUAACUUUUGUUCAAGAUGAUGAAACUGGGAAUUUGGUGUACGUGGUGGAGAAUGGAGACAGUGAAAUAGACUUGAAGUUUAAAAAGUUAUCCAUAAAUAUAAGAUAAGGAAUUAAUUGGGAAAAAUUAAAUAUACUAGUAAAAACGAAUCAGCAGGUGAAGAAACAUUUGGAGAGUUGUGAGGAAAGAAGUAAGAAAGGUUUUGUUAGGAUCCAAGAGGUUGAUGGAGAACGUCAGAGCGUGGCCGCAGAAGGAAGCAGCCCGACAGAACGUCACUGGUGGGAUGAAAUCAACGGAUAUUCACCCAAAGCGGCAGCAGCAUGUUUACAUCUAUUGAUGCACCCAAUAGUAAGGUGAGGGCUACAAGGAGUGACUGAUCGAUUUUCUGUAUUUGAAAACAAAUUGCAAUACUUAGAAACGCAAUUGUGAACUGCGAUGUAUGUUGACUCUAUUGAGAGGGUUGAUGGGCCAAAGUGCCUGCAUUUCUAUUCCAUUUCUAUUCUAUUUCUGAUUGCUUUUAAUUAUGCAUUAUUAAGGUGUCUGCUUCAACUUAUUCUAUUAAAGAUGCAACCUGCCUUCUUCCAGAGGAGAGGCAAGUGUCCGUAUGUCGCCACUAUGUUUCCGGAACAUCUUGUGGUCGGCCGAUGUGGUUAAUGUGGUUAAGCUACUUACUGGAACAUAAGUGAACAACAUGUUUUUUCUACAAAUGUUGUUUAUGAUAAAGGAAGCACGCUUGCAACACUCUGUACUGUUCCAAAGAAAUGAGGAACAUGAGGAUAUAUUGAGCUUCAUUUCAAAUGUUCUUCACGGCGGUCACCUUUGAUUUGUCCGUCCGUCUAUACUGCAGUAUAAUAAAGGUACUUCUUUUAAACUCUGUUGGGCUCAGAUUGGAUCCAUAGCGCUUUGACAAAGUUCCCGGUAUUUAAAUCUGUGUGAGCGGUUCGCUUUUCCGCUACAUAUAACUAUAUUAAACUGAUUAUAUACAUAGAAUUGACACUGAAUCAGACAUGUGAUACAAUAAAGUAGUAUUGAUGUAUCAAGGCCGUGUGUGUAAGAAACGGGAGUGUGUUUGUGUGGGUGCUUGUGAAGAAAGAAGAAACGGGCCUCAAAAGAAAACGGAGUUCACGCAAAGCGUGACAUGGGACGGACUUGGGCGGUGAAGAGUGAGGCUUGUCAGCUCCAACGGGAUGGGAGGAAGGGGCUGCCGCAGAAAGGCCGGGGGAGAUGGCCUGAGGAGACGGAGUGGCCGCUGGAAGGCCGGAGCUAGCCUCUUGCCCCCCGGGGCUGGUGUGACCCACUUGGAUCGGGGGGGGGGGAGCUGCAUUCAAGGGAGUGUGAGAUCAUGACCCCUCUCCUCCUCCGGAGCCUACUUCUUCCCCCACAAUGCCUGCGAGUUGGUCCUCUCUCUCUCUCCUUCCUCCAGGCUGGUGCAGGCAGAAGCUACAGAGAGUAAGGGAUUUAGAGCAAAUUGUAAGGCUUGUCAGCUCCAACUGUGUUGGUGUGGGUUAGUCUUCUUUGAAAGAGAGCCCAGGCACACAAGGGCUGAAGAUCCCAUACGGCUUUAAUGUUCAGAAUACAAGAGUCUUCUCCACUGCCCGUGUAUAUAGGCCUAGCUACAGUAUCAUCGGGAGCCUCCGGUGGCUCAGUGUGUUAAAGCGCUGAGCUGCUGAACUUGCAGACCGAAAGGUCCCAGGUUCAAAUCGAGGGAGCAAAGUGAGUGCCCGCUGUUAGCUCCAGCUUCUGCCAACCUAGCAGUUAGAAAACAUGCAAAUGUGAGUACUACAUCAAUAGGUAUCGCUCCGGCGGGAAGGUAACAGCAUUCCAUGCGGUCACGCCGGCCACAUGACCUUGGAGGUGUCUACAGACAACGCCAGCUCUUCAGCUUAGAAAUGGAGAUGAGCACCAACCCCCAGAGUCGGACACGACUGGACUUAACGUCUGCGAAACCUUUACCGUACCAUCAAUCACUCUAGAGUCCCUUUCCCCCCACCUCAGGGCAAUUGGGUUUUAUGGCUGGUUCAUGUGUCCUGUCCUCCCUUUUGGCCCAUGGCCUUGUGCUCUCCGUCAGUGCUCUGUGUCCAGAGAUGGCAUGCGAUGGGGAUCAUGGCAUCAGAUUCUGAUGAGUUGACUUGGGUUCAUUUGAGUCAAGUUGGGUUCACUUGACUUGAGUUGGGAUCCGUUGAGUUGUCCAAGAUUUGAGUUGUAUUCAUUUGGGUUCCAUUGAGUUGAGUUGGAUUCUGAUGAGUUGGGUUUCGAUGAGUUGUCCAAGGCUUCAAUUGUAUCCAGUUGGGUGUAAGGCUUGUCAGCUCCAACUGUGUGGUGUGGGUUAGUCUUCUUUUAAAGAGUACACACAAGGGCUGGAGAUACCUACGGCAUUAUUGUUCGGAAUAUAAGAGUCUGCUCUACUGCCCGUAUAUAUAGGCUUAGCUACAGUAUCAAAUCACCCUGGAGUCCUGGCGCCUGGAGGUUGCCCAUUCCCACCUUCCAGAGUCCCUUUUCCCCACCUCGGGGCAAUUGAGUUUUAUGGCUGGUUCGUAUGUCCUGUCCUCCCUUUU